AUGCUGAAGAUGCUCUCCUUUAAGCUGCUGCUCCUGGCCGUGGCUCUGGGCUUCUUUGAAGGAGAUGCUAAGUUUGGGGAAAGAAUCGAAGGGAGCGGAGCGCGGAGGAGAAGGUGCCUGAAUGGGAACCCCCCGAAGCGCCUGAAAAGGAGAGAUAGGCGGAUGAUGUCCCAGCUGGAGCUGCUGAGUGGGGGAGAGAUGCUGUGCGGUGGCUUCUACCCUCGGCUGUCCUGCUGUCUGCGGAGUGACAGCCCAGGGUUGGGGCGCCUGGAUAACAAGAUAUUUUCUGUUACCAACAACACAGAAUGUGGGAAGUUACUGGAGGAAAUCAAGUGUGCACUUUGCUCUCCACAUUCUCAGAGCCUGUUCAACUCACCUGAAAGAGAAGCCUUGGAAAGAGACCUUGUACUUCCCCUGCUCUGCAAAGACUAUUGCAAAGAAUUCUUUUAUACUUGCCGAGGCCAUAUUCCAGGUUUCCUUCAAACUACUGCUGAUGAGUUUUGCUUUUACUAUGCAAGAAAAGAUGGUGGGUUGUGCUUUCCAGAUUUUCCAAGAAAACAAAUCAGAGGACCAGCAUCUAACUACUUGGACCAGAUGGAAGAAUAUGACAAAGUGGAAGAGAUCAGCAGGAAGCACAAACACAACUGCUUCUGUAUCCAGGAGGUGGUGAAUGGGCUGCGCCAGCCUGUCGGUGCCCUGCACAGCGGGGACGGCUCGCACCGGCUCUUCAUUCUGGAAAAAGAAGGUUAUGUGAAGAUACUUACCCCCGAAGGAGAAAUUUUCAAGGAGCCUUAUUUGGACAUUCACAAACUUGUUCAAAGUGGAAUAAAGGGAGGAGAUGAAAGAGGUCUGCUAAGCCUCGCAUUCCAUCCCAAUUACAAGAAAAAUGGAAAGCUGUAUGUGUCUUAUACCACCAACCAAGAACGGUGGGCUAUCGGGCCUCAUGACCACAUUCUUCGAGUUGUGGAAUACACAGUAUCCAGAAAAAAUCCCCAUCAAGUUGAUUUGAGAACAGCCAGAGUAUUUCUUGAAGUGGCAGAACUCCACAGAAAGCAUCUAGGAGGGCAACUGCUCUUUGGCCCUGAGGGCUUUUUGUACAUCAUUCUCGGUGAUGGGAUGAUCACACUGGAUGAUAUGGAAGAAAUGGAUGGGUUAAGUGAUUUCACAGGGUCGGUGCUGCGGCUGGACGUGGACACAGAUAUGUGCAACGUGCCUUAUUCCAUCCCCAGAAGUAAUCCGCACUUCAACAGCACCAACCAGCCCCCGGAAGUGUUUGCGCACGGCCUGCACGAUCCAGGCAGAUGUGCUGUGGAUCGACAUCCCACUGACAUAAACAUCAAUUUAACAAUACUUUGUUCAGACUCCAAUGGAAAGAACAGAUCAUCAGCCAGAAUCCUACAGAUAAUAAAGGGGAAAGACUAUGAAAGUGAGCCAUCACUUUUAGAAUUCAAGCCAUUCAGUAAUGGUCCUUUGGUGGGUGGAUUUGUUUACCGAGGAUGCCAGUCUGAAAGACUGUAUGGAAGCUAUGUGUUUGGAGACCGGAAUGGGAAUUUCUUAACCCUCCAGCAAAGUCCCGUGAGCAAGCAAUGGCAAGAAAAACCACUCUGUCUCGGCAACAGUGGUUCCUGUAGAGGUUACUUUUCAGGUCACAUCUUGGGAUUUGGAGAAGAUGAAUUAGGUGAAGUUUACAUUCUAUCAAGUAGUAAAAGUAUGACCCAGACUCACAAUGGAAAACUCUACAAAAUUGUAGAUCCCAAAAGACCUCUGAUGCCCGAGGAGUGCAGAGCCACGGUACAGCCUGCACAGACAUUGACUUCGGAAUGCUCCCGGCUCUGUCGGAACGGCUACUGUACCCCUACGGGCAAGUGUUGCUGCACCCCAGGAUGGGAAGGGCACUUCUGCAGAAUUGCAAAAUGUGAGCCAGCGUGUCGUCAUGGAGGUGUCUGUGUGCGACCGAACAAGUGCCUCUGUAAAAAAGGCUAUCUUGGUCCUCAGUGUGAACAAGUGGACAGAAACAUCCGCAGAGUGACCAGGGCAGGUAUUCUUGAUCAGAUCAUUGACAUGACAUCUUAUUUGCUGGAUCUAACAAGUUACAUUGUAUAG